CUCAAGGACCUUGUUGCUACUUGGAUCAAUCAAGACUUUCAUCCACCCUCUCUACUCAAGUCUGAUGACAAGCAUGCCCGUGGCUUCGUCCACGAUGUUUGCGGGAAGUUACUGUGUCCUUCUGAGUGGGAUUGGGAUGAUAACCGUGUGAAGGCUGGCAUCCGCGACAGAACGUCGGAUUAUAUCGUGUCAGAAAAUUCUUGGCCGUUAUUCUUGUACGAGAAUUACACAGUCAAGCUUGACAACUUGGAGCAGGGCCUCUUCAAGUCAAAGAUUCUUGUUCAGGCUUUCAAGGCUGUAUUUACAUCUCCAUCCUCCGCAAGAGAAGCUGAUAGAGACGGCGACAGAGCUGACAUACUUGAAAAUAACAGGCGUGCCCGGCAACAAUUAAACCAGGUCAAGGUUAAAACUUGUGUGGCCACCAUCAUCAACAUGAGGAAAGUCACUCCUCGCUCCCUGGCGUAUGUUGUCUGCCAAGUUCGUUUCGCACUAUCCAACAUCUCAUCCUGGCACACCGUUGACAGCGACUUUGACUAUGAAGUAUUCUGGAGCAAUGUCGUAGACUUUUUCGAGAACGUCCCUGGCCCCAUCACACAACAGCGGGUGAACCAUCUCCUGGAAUGGUGGACCAGGUAUUGA